CGGGGCUGGGGCUGCCGCAGGGGACACUGGGAAGCUGGCGCGAAUCGCACGGCGCGUGCUGGGAGCGUUGGUGGAGAGCGGGGGCGACCGCGGGAGCGAGGGGUCCUCACAGACAUGGCGGCCAAGGGAGGUCUCUACGGCUGCCAAGACCCCGCGUGCUGGAGACGAGUGCGCGACCUGCACUGGGCGGUGGUCGAAGCCAAGGGGAGCGAGCGGAAAGGCCUCGCCGGGCUGGAGAAAUGGUAUCAGGAGGAGUUGCCGGCUGCUCUCGCGGGACGGAAAGAGAAGCAUUUGACCCAGGGCGAAGUAGUGAAGCUGAUGCAGUGGAAACUCACCGUGAGUCACUUCCCAGCUGAAUGGCCACGUGCAGCGUCUCAGCCCUAUAAUGGGAGUGGAUGCACGGCUGGGACGGGGGUCUCAGCCCCCCACGGGCUGCGACAUCUCUUCCAGCGGGGAAAGUUCCGUCCUCGUCUGCAGCAGCUGGUGGCCACUAACUCCCAGGAGACAGUGGAGCGCUGUACAAGGAAAGCUUUUCAGCUCCUCCCAGAUGUGGCAGCUGCCAUAACUGAGCUGAGCCAGCUAAAGGCUAUAGGACCAGCCACAGCUUCAGCAAUCCUGGCAGCAGGAGCCCCUGAGGUUGUGGCUUUCAUGGCAGAUGAAGCAGUGGAGUCCAUCCCAGGCCUCACCCCCAUUAAGUAUUCCCUCAAGCAUUACAUCUGCUACCUGGACAGGAUCCAGCUUUGUACCAAGAAACUAAAUGAAGUUGACAAAGAGAAAGACUGGACUCCUCACCAGGUGGAGAUGUGUCUCUGGGCCUGGGCUGUGGCACAGAAAUUGUGUCCUGCGCUGCUGCAGACACUUUGCUUAGGGGAAGAAGAGGCUGGUGAGGAUGCCAGAGCCACAAAGAAACAAAAAACCAAAUGAAAUCAUCCCAGGCAGAGACCCAACAAGCAUCUACAUGUUUGCCUCCUGUAGGCUGAUCCACAGCCUAUGGUGGACUCCUCGGGGAUCCAAGUGUUGCCCUGGUUCUGGUGCCUUGGGUGAGGGGGGGGAAGGAAGAGGAGGAGGGAGACGUUAAGUGAAUCCCUCCGCAUUCUGUAGCCCAAGCUGCAGAAACCUGUGUUCAAGACCCUAUCUUCUCCAGGCACUGGCUUUGUGAGUGUCUUGCUUCUUUCAAUGAUUUUUUAAUAAAACUUUGAUAGACUUUUGUAGAA